CACGCAACUCCCAAGGCGGAAAAACAUCUUUUGCGGUGGGCUGAGCGAAUCAGACUCGGAUGGGAGCAAGCGUCUAUGGGCGCUAAAUGAAGCGGCGUCGCAAGACACCGCUCCAGACUUUCUCUUCCCUCUUCCGCGCUCGACGCUGUCCGGCCCCGCUUGUCGUUGAGCUUGCCGUCUAGUUGUCAUGGCCCCGGUGACCACAGAGUCUCCCGAUCUUAACUCGGUCAACCAUGGAGACCCUAGCCUCCAAUGCUCGCCAGCAACCUCCUGGGCCGUCUUUAUCUUCUUCGCCUCGAACUACCUCUCUCACUGCGCAACAGUCAGGACAUACCCCGGAUCGUCGCAAUUCGACACUCUUAUAGCGACUGUCUUGGCACUAUUUCUUCCAUCGUAUGGCAUUACCAGGGCUCUUUUCUCAAUCGUGAGGCAUUCUCGAUUGAAAAGGCACCGGAAUGAGCUCGAGCGGGCCGCCGCCGCGGGAGCCCUCCGCAUGGUAGUCAGAAACAACGACUGGAAACCAGUGGAGGGGGAUCGCAUCAAGCCACUAGUGGCAGUAGUGGAUGGGGGGAGCAAAACGUUGUUGAUGCGCGGAGAUACUCCGCCUAAAGAGGUCGGCGAUGGGACCGUUGAGGUCGAAGCCAUCAGCGCUAGUGUGAUUCCGGACGUCGAGAACCGAGAAGGGGAGUAUUCUGGCGAAAGCACUGGGGACGCUGGGCCUGCCUCCUUCGGCCUACACGUCGAGCGGAAACAGCAGAGCUUCCACGGCAAGGCGAUGCUGCCACCAGGCUAUUCGUGGGCCAACGUCCAUCCGGGGGCCAAGGUCUCGUGGGCCGAGACACCUGCCGGGGUGCAGCACACGACCGACGGAUCGCCCGGCAUAAGCUCGAACUACAACUGGCUCCAGGCACUGGUCGGCCUCUUCCAGAUGGGGAGUGCGGCUCUGACUCUCUACAACUCGCGCGGCGACCAGAUUCAGCGCUAUGGCUACGCGGCGUUCGGCCUGACCGUGGUACCGUACCUGAUCAUGUCUGUUGUCAACCUCGUGGCACAGAUUGCUUCAGCCGACUACCCCAACGUUUACAUGGUCAGCAGUCCGGAAAUGGAAGAGGCCCGGAGACACGGAGGCGUGUUUGACGGCGUUGUUGGGCAUCUGGAAGCGGAGGACGAGGAGGACGAAAGCGGGGAUCUAGAGUAUGUGAUGAAAUCCGCCGACGGUGUCUCGGUCCUGGAGAGGGUGUCCGGCAGCGACCCGCACCCUCAGAGCAUCGUUCUUGGCGACAGGACUACCUCCCCUGACCUCGCCGGCAGACAGGCCGCCAUCUAUAUGUACACGCCAUACAAACUCCAUUACUACCCGUCAUCGUGGGCCGGGGAUUGGCGCCACCUGCUGUACGUGAUCCUGCCGAUUUUCAUAGGCGGUAUCUCGCUUAUCGUCGUCGGCGUCCUGACUCGCUUUCGGAACGGAGACAGCACCCAAGCUCAGCGGGGAUGGAUCAUGACGUGGCUCGUCGCCGGGACGGUGCUCGGGUGGUGGGCAGACGCUUCGGUUGCGCUCUUCCUUGAGAUGGACGAAGAGGAAAAGGAUUGGGACAGCCAGUUCCCCGUAUACAACGACAUGGGUGAGCCCAUCAAGAAACGCCACUUUUGGGGCGCAACAGGGGCCGUGUGCUGCAGCGCGAUAUUCUGCGUUCCUGCUGUUGGCGGGUUUGUAGCUGUGGCCGGUAUGCUCUGGGAGUAUGGAAUCUGCGAGUCGAGUUAGAAUAUGUGCUUUCUGAAGUGCUUCUCGCGACUGAAUCUUUCCAUCACGCCCCCCUUGCCGCUCUUGGACCCAGGUGUCUCCUGGCAGUGAGUUGUCGAAGCUGGCGAUGUAAUUGCUCCGUCAUUGACCUCUGAAGAUGCCUGCGGUCCCUAAACUGAGGGCUAGGCUGCGAAAAGUGCCUAGAAAACUGGCCUUGGCCUAGUCGAAUGUAGAACAAGUACAUAUUAAUACCGCGCCGUCUGCCUGCUAGGAAUGAAAGACUCG